UCGCAUAGCGACGCGUUCGUUCAUCGAUAAUUUGUAUUAGAUAAAUGCCUAAUUCUCUAGAUAACUAGUAACCUUGAGGACUCCGUCCUAUAACUUAUAACGUCAACUGGUUAUAACAUCUUGCUUUUCAAUCUGUGUCUAGUAUAGCAUAAGUAUAUGUAAUCACGGUUACGAAAACUAAAACCGCAGAGACUGUGCUAGCUAGCGACGGCCGACGGUGACACGCGUGGCAAAAACUAACGGCAAUAGAAAUUAGGAUUAGACACCGAGCUGCAAAGUAGCCGAAAAUACGAGCAUUAUCAAACAAAUUGACGAUCUACGAUGUUCUCGUCGGUGGCAAAGAGGAUCGUGCAGCGAUCGUUUUCGACAUCCAAAUGGAGUGCCGCACAGCAGAUGACCGUGCGAGACGCUCUAAAUUCGGCGCUGGACGAGGAAAUGGAAAGAGACGAGAAGGUAUUCUUGCUCGGUGAAGAAGUCGCGUUGUAUGAUGGAGCGUACAAAGUCUCCAGGGGCCUUUGGAAGAAGUACGGAGACAAACGCGUGAUCGACACUCCGAUUACAGAGGCCGGAUUCGCUGGUAUAGCCGUCGGCGCAGCUAUGGCUGGUUUACGCCCCGUGUGCGAAUUCAUGACGUUCAAUUUCUCGAUGCAAGCCAUCGACCACAUCAUCAACUCCGCCGCCAAGACGUUUUACAUGUCCGCCGGAAGGGUAAACGUACCGAUCGUUUUCCGUGGACCAAACGGAGCAGCGGCGGGUGUUGGGGCACAGCACUCGCAGUGCUUCGGUGCUUGGUUCAGUCACUGCCCUGGCUUGAAAGUGGUCUCACCCUAUAACAGCGAGGACGCAAAGGGACUGCUGAAAGCUGCUAUUCGGGAUCCCGAUCCGGUCGUCAUGUUGGAGAACGAGAUAUUGUACGGUGUUCAAUAUCCGAUGUCGGACGAAGCUCUAUCGAAGGAGUUCGUUUUACCGAUCGGCAAAGCGAAGAUCGAACGUGUAGGGAAACACGUUACGCUGGUAGCACAUUCCAAAGCGGUCGAACAAGCUCUCGAGGCGGCGAACGAACUCGCGGGUAAGGGAAUCGAAGCAGAAGUGAUAAACCUCAGAUCCCUGAGACCGUUGGACAUAGACACGAUUGUACAGUCGAUAGUGAAGACAAAUCAUUGUUUGACCGUGGAGCAAGGCUGGCCGCAUUGUGGCAUCGGAGCGGAGAUCAGCGCGAAGAUCUCGGAAAGCGAAGCAUUCUAUCAUCUGGACGCGCCGGUGAUUCGCGUCACGGGCGUCGAUACGCCGAUGCCCUAUACCAAAUCACUGGAGAUCGCGGCUUUACCGCAAAUGCAGGACAUAGUGCUCGCGGUGAACAAAGUACUAGGAUUACAGUAAUUAUUUGUAUAGAUCUUUAGGAAACCAAUUAAAAUCUGCCCCGUUCUAUGCUUCUCUCCGGGGGAGGUUUCAUAGAAAUUUCUUUAAAUUAAAUUAGAAAUGCUCACCUCGACGUUCGACUAUCACGAAUUACUACUGCCAUUUGUUAUAAAUACAGUACAAUGUACAUACAACUGAGAGUCGGUCUGAUACGGAUCGACUUGCUCCGAAUUAAAGGGUCCCAAAAAUCAUUCUAUCGUAACUACAUGCCCGUGGUAGCUAGGUGAAAUUGUAAAUUAUUAGAAGCGCGUAGGACACGAGUAAUACGCGCUGCAUUUGUUUAUUAAUUAUUUAUUAUAACGGUAACUAAAUAAACUAUAGCGUACACGUACGAUUAUCCCCCGAAA